UUGGUAUAGAUGUUUCAUCUUCCGCAAUGUUGGCAGUGCUGUGCGUCAAUUCGGUUUGACGCACCAAAUAGAAGGUCAUUUUUCUAUCUUUGUGUAUUUUAGAUCAAAGUUCGUUAUUAAAAAUUUUAUAGAAGCCGCUAAAAAAGUGAGUGUUAGGGCAAAAGAGCAAUGGAAAAUCCGGAGGAAAUUCUGCACAGUCUGGAGGAGUUCACGAAACUGAAGCCGAAGGACAUCCCGAGGGAGCUCGAGGAGUAUCUGUGUUUUGUUGCCAAAACUGGUGACCCUGUUUACCAGUGGGCAGUAAUCAAAAGUCUGUUCCGCGAGAAGUUAAUUAAUGUUAUUACCGAGUUCUACGAGUCCUGCCCGUCCAUCGAUAUACCCCCGUGUCCGAACGUGGACCUGUUUAACUAUGACACAAUGAAGACAUUUAUACUAGAGAAGCUGGAUACUUUUGUGGCGGCCCCUUUCACGGUGCAGCGCAUCUGCGAGUUGCUGACCACACCACGCAAAGAGUACAAUAGAAUAGACAAAUAUAUGAGGGCUUUGGAGAAGAAUAUACUGGUGGUCAGCACCACUGAGCCGGGCAAUCAUAGGACACCAGAGAACGGGGAUGGGUUCAUCAAUGGCAUUGAAACCGAGCACCUGCCAGAUGCCAGUAAUGAGAUUAACAUUGAGGAGAUGGAUGAUUCACCUGUGUGGCCAAAAACUGAGACUGUUUCCUUUCAGAGUACAUCUAAGAAUGAUAUGGCUGUGGACAAUUUCCCAGCAAAAUCAAGUAGCUCAGAUGCUGAAGCAGCUAAUUCAGAAACUGUGAUUACUUGUUGUCCAAUUGACAAAACUUAUGGAGCAGAGUAUGUGCUCGAGGCUCCAGAAACCAUAGUUCAAGAUGAAUCUCCUGCAGAAGCUGAAGAUGUCAGUGUUACCAUAACUCCAAUACCUGCCCCAGUCCAAAAACGUAGGGAUAGCAUAGAACCACCAAAUGAACAGGAGCCAAGUAGUGCAGAACCCAAAACAACAGAAACUUCCAUUGUAGAAGAUAAGAUUGAUGAGAGCAGUAGUGAGGAUGUAGUAAAUAAGAGUAAGGAAGAAAGCGUUAACAUGACCGAUAACGAAACGAGCAGUGAGAAUGAUACUAAAUUAGCGAGUACCGAAUUGUUGGGAGCAGGCGAUAACUUAACGGAGGACUUCGAAACGGUGAAAUCAUUGCCGCCUGAGAUCGAGGAGACUAUACUGGAGCCAGUUAAGAACGUCGAGGAAGAGGAAAUGGCUGUAAGUGCGGAAGUUCCAGAGUGCAAGAUGAUUGAAGACGUUCCAGUGGAGGCGGAUAAGGAGGAGCCUAAAAUAGAGGAAGUCCAUGUGGUGGAUUCAGCUGCGCCUGAGCAGGUGGUUGAAGAAGAUAUGAAACUGGUGGAAGAACAAGUGCAAGAGGUUGUCAAGGAGGAAGAAGAGAAAGCUCCAGAAGUUAUUGAAACACAGACAGAAGUGGAAGAAAAAUCUCUGCCUGUACAGACUGAAGAAAUGGAUCACAGAAUAGAGGAGCCGCCGGCGGAAAAGAUCGAAACUCGGGAAGCGGAGAAGGAAUGCGAGGAACAGCAGCAAGUAAGUCUCAUGGACGUUGAUCCUGAACCAACAACAAUAAUAACAGAAAUAACAACACCACCAUCACCACCACCUCCACCACAACAAGAAGAACCAUCAACAACAAACACUGCCUCAGCUGAAAUCGUUCAAACUGAAACCACCAAUUAGAUUUAGGAUCGUUUCGUAUAUAUAUAGUUUGUAUAACCUCAACUUAUCUUUGUAGAUAUAUUCAGGGUUUUAUAUAAAAUUAAAUAAAAUUUUAUACUGCGGAUUCAUACGACGAUAAGCAAGCAUACAGAGAGCCCUGAUGACGUUUUCCUUUCUUUUUUAUCAACAGACUGUUUCUCCAAUAAUGAGAGUGAGUGAGAAAGUUCAUUAGGUUAAUUCGAUUCUCCUCUUCUCGCCAAGCCCUCUUAAUUUAAAUUACUUUGUUUUACUUAAGUCACAAUCAUUCACCAUCCACUUUGAUAUAAUAUAUAUAUAUAUACUAUGUAAACAAAAUAUAAGUGCCUAUUUUUUAAACUC